UAUUUAUUAUGCUGCUGUGCACCGGCUGUUCUCUGUGGUGCAGGCGCAGCAGAGGGUGGAUGCAUAUGAGUUGGACGAGCUCAAGGACAGCAAGCUGCAGGCCAGUGACGAGGCCGUGGUGGACUUUGCUGACCUGGCGCUGGACUGCAUGAAGGCGCCCGGCACACGCCGCCCUGACAUGAAGGAUGUGGCAUACCGCCUCCGUGCCCUCAUUGACAAGCACUGCCCUGACAAGGAGGAAGAGUGGGAGCGUAGUAGAGAAGAGAGUGUAAGCGCCAGAGAGGAGUCAUCUGCCACGACAGAUUCUGCUGUCGGGAGCUGGCUGUCACUGGGCUCAAGUUCCAAUGGUAUCAAGAGCUGGCAGUCACUGGGGUUCUCUUGGGGUUACUGA